AUGGCUUCCGCUAUCGUGGACGAGUACUUGGAGACGCCGAUGGAGGCUGACGAUGCGUUCCCCUGUAAGGGCUGUGGUGAGAUACUAGAAGAAGGCAAAGCUUUUGAGUUGGCUGGCAACCGAUGGCAUCUCGACUGCUUCCGUUGCACCUCGUGCGGUUCUCUCCUCGACUCCGAUGCCAACCUUCUCCUGCUCGGCGAUGGCUCCCUCAUCUGCAAUAACUGCACAUACAGCUGCACUGCGUGUGGCAACAAGAUCGAGGACCUGGCCAUCCUGACAGGUGAUCAGGCCUUCUGCUCGACAUGUUUCCGCUGCCGAAACUGCAAGCGCAAGAUCGAAAACCUGCGUUAUGCGAGGACGUCUCAGGGCAUUUUCUGCAUGGACUGCUACGAGACUUUGAUGGCUAGGAGAAGAAAGAAAUCCAAAGCGGCCGCGGCAGCAAAAGCUCGAGAGAAAGAACAAGCACCCACGGUGCCGGAAAAGUCUCUUCCGGCCCUCCCACCCGGUGCGAUUCCGAACAAUGCCUUCUCCGACGACCGUGUCGACCCCGAAGGGCCCACGGAGUUGUCUCCGCGGCCUCGCACUGGCCACCGACACAACGAGUCGUCGUCUAGGGGCGGUUCCAAGGCCUCGCGCUCUCCAGAGCGUGCAGCUGCUGAUGCCACCAAGGACGGCCUCAACCUCCCCUCGACUACAUACCGCAGAAACCGCAACUCGACCAUCACUUCCAACAACGGUGAUGGCGGCGACGGCUUCUUGAUAUCCGUGGCUCUUGAUACGAGCCCAUCGCCCAAUGGCAAGGAGAGCACUGGUGAGGCCGGCAAGAAAAAGGACAAGGACCACAUCAGACCGACCAUGACUGACAAGCGCGCCGACUCGCACUCUUCCGCUACUCACAUUGCCUUCCUGGGCGCCGCCGCAGCUCCCGACCCUUCGCAGACCAAGUCUUCGUCUCGUUCUACUUCCAAGUCGGACCAGGCCAAGGCAUCCGCCGAUGAGGCCCCGAGGAAGAGAAGGCCUACAGAAUCGCGGAGUGACAGCUCGCAAUCCGUCCCUCAGCAGCAGGAAACCCCCAGUCGAACUGGGACCAGUACUCCGCGCAAAGACAGCACCUCGCAGCCUGAUUCGCGAAGGGCCAUGGACAAUACCCCCGGAUCGCGAAGCUCCUACGAUUCUAAGACGCAAGACGAAGCUGAUCCCAGCGCACCAAAGAUUGGGCCACGCUCUGACAGCGUCAAGAGCAUUCCGCGAAAGGAGGUUCCGUCGGCACCUACCCGUCCUGUCAAUGGCAGCCCAAGUGCCGCGCAGGGCAAAUCUUCCACUUCUGAAGAUGCCACCGUCUCGACCCCACGCCAGAGCCCUCCCUCUCGGUCUGGUGCAGCUGACAAGCCCUUGACUGACACCUACAUGCAGCCCAGAGCGGCUCCUGUGCCCCCAAGCAUCCAAGCACAGACUCCGCCCAAGGAAGGCACGCCGGCAGCCAAGAGCUCUCACGCCUCACCUACUUCGCCGAAGCUUCCUAGGUGGAGCAGCGGCGCAGAUUUCACCAUGGAGGAGGACAUGGUCAGGAUCCUUGGCUCUGAUGAGGGCUCGUCAUCUAUCCUUAGACGCGUCUCCAACGCUGUCCGCCACGGCCGUACAAGCAGCGUCGAGUCCAGCCAAAACCAUGCCGCCUCUCGAGGCUCCCACACCCGAAGCAUCAGCGAGACGACGCGUGGUGCUAUCUCGCCUCGCUGGCCCAAGACGCAAGACGAUGCAAACGGCCAGGAAGGUGGCAGCCCUGAUUUGCUCCCACCUCCGGACACCGCCGCCGUGCUCAAGCAACAGCUCAGAUCUUCUGAGCUGCGAGUGGCCGAGUUGGAGAGGCAGUUUGGCGCCGAGAAAGAUCUGCUCAACAUCAACCAGAAGCUCAUUGAAAAGAGAAAGACGGUUUCCGUGCUGGACACUCAGACUGAGAUUAUGAUUCGACAGCUUGAGGUCCUGGCUGGAUAUGUUGAGCGGGCAAAGGAGACACAGGCUCCUCUCAACGUCCAAGAGCUAGAGGAAUCCGCCAUCAAGGAGUUCGUCGAAAAGCUCGAAAAGGUCAAGCAGUCCUUUACCGAGGAGCUCGAACGCCUGCAUGAGGAGCGUGAUCAGCUUCUUGAAGAGAAGAACCAGGCCGUUACGGACCGGGACCGUGCGCUCAUGGAGUUUGAGCAGCUGUCCUCCAAGAACGCUCAGCUUGCAGACAUGAACAACGAUCUCACGCACCAGAUUCAGGAACGCUUCAAGUCCCAGAUUGGCGACGGCAAGUCGAACGGCUUGGGCAUCUACAGCCAGCACAAGGGCGCUUCGUCCAUCAACCUCGACAGUGCAAGCGUCACUACCGGCACCACCCUUAUCGCCGACGAGGACCCAACCAUUGUCGAGCACGGGCCUACUGUGGUUCAUGUCAGAAAAGGCCAAGUCAAGAAAUUCAACUGGAAGAAGGGCUCCAAGACCAUGGCACAGAACAUUACAAAGGGUGUCGGCCGUGCUGUCGUUGCUUUCCAGAACGAUCGCGAGAGAAUGCAAAUGCAGCAGCAAGGCUUGGCUAGCGACAGCAUCGGCCUGCCGUACAACAUGACUGUGGCCCAAGGAGAGUCCGCCAACCCGCCGUCGGCCAACCCUCCGGCUGGGCGACAGCACCAACAACAGUUUUCUCUCUUUGGCAAGAAGAAUGUAGCUGCCAAGGGCGGGCCAGCUGCCCAGGCCAAUAUUGUGGUGGCGCAAGCAGCUCCAGAGCCUGCAUCGACGCUGUUCGGAUCCGAACUCGCAGAGAGAUGUGACUACGAGCAUCGCCAGAUCCCUAGUGUGGUGACUCGAUGCAUCGAAGAGGUGGAGCUGCGAGGCAUGGACCAGGAGGGUAUCUACCGAAAGACUGGCGGCAACUCUCAAAUCAACCAAAUCAAGGAUGGCUUCGACAAGGACGAGGACUAUGACAUCUCAGACCCUGACAUGGACAUUACUGCCGUCACGAGUGUCCUGAAGCAGUACUUCCGAAAGUUGCCCAACCCUCUACUGACCUUUGAUGUCUAUGAGAAAGUUUUGGAGUCUAAUGCUAUUACCGACGAGGCCGAACGGUGCUCUCAUCUUCACAAGGUCUUUACAUCGAUGCCCCAGGCCCACCGGGACUGUCUAGAAUUCCUCAUGUUCCACCUUCAUCGCGUGGCAAUCAGAGAGCCUGAGAACUUGAUGUCGCCCAAGAACUUGGCCGUCGUGUUUGCUCCAACCAUUAUGCGGGAUCUCAGCAUUGAGCGUGAAAUGACCGACAUGCACAACAAGAACCUCGCCAUUCAGUUUGUCAUUGAAAACACUCACAGAAUCUUCCAGGAUGAAUAA